AUGGCCGAAGUCGAGAAAUCGCCCGACCCUAAGGGCUCGAUGAAUGAGGACUAUGUUUCCAACCCCAUAGUGAAUGCAGACAAGCUUGCCCGCCGCCUGAGCGGCCGCCAGGUGCAGAUGAUCGCGAUUGGCGGUACCAUCGGCACUGGUCUAUUCCUUGGAACUGGAUCUUCACUCGCAACAGGCGGACCAGCCUCCAUGCUUCUCAGUUACGCGAUUGUCGGUGCAAUCGUGUUUAUUACCAUGCUCUCUCUUGGUGAGAUGGCAGCGUUCAUGCCUGUCGCCGGCUCCUUCUGCACUUACGCCGGUCGUUUUGUUGAUAAAGCUCUUGGAUUCGCUUUAACGUGGAACUACUGGUUCAAUGAUGCUGUAUCAACGGCAUCCGAUAUUCUGGCACUGCAGCUUCUGCUGCAGUAUUGGACAGAUAAUUUCCCCGGAUGGGCAAUCAGCCUGAUCUUCUUGGUCGUCGUGAUCGUUCUGAAUGUCAUGUCUGUCAAGGUUUAUGGCGAGAUCGAAUACUGGCUGAGUCUUCUCAAAGUGAUUACGAUCGUCGUGAGUGGUCAAGAUCAAGUUUUCCUGGUUUUCUUAUAUCUAACUGGGACCCAGAUCUUCAUUAUUCUAGGAAUUGCCGUCAACUGCGGCGGAAAUAAAAACCAUGAAUACAUCGGCGCAAGAAAUUGGACGAAAGGUGAUGCACCUUUUGUCGAUGGAAUCGGCGGUUUUGCGUCUGUUUUCGUCACAGCUUCAUUUGCAUAUGGUGGAACCGAAUCCAUCGCUAUUACAGCAGGUGAGACGAAAAGUCCCGCCAAAACAAUGCCCAAGGUUGUCCGGAAUGUCUUCUGGCGAAUCAUCCUCUUUUAUCUCCUCUCUAUUGUGAUCAUUGGCUUCAAUGUACCCUACGACUAUCCAGGUCUUUCGGAUGGAGAUACAAAGACCAGCCCUUUCACUAUUGUUUUUCAACAAGCCGGCUCUGCAGUUGCCGGUAGCUUCAUCAACGCAGUAAUCAUGACAUCGGUCAUUUCCGCUGCGAAUCACGCCCUCUUCGCUGGAUCACGUCUACUCUUCACCCUCGCUGUUGACGGAUACGCACCUAAAUUCUUUGGCCACCUGAAUCGCUUCCAUGUUCCUUGGGUGGCUGUUCUUGCUACAUCUGUGAUCAGUGGUCUCUGCUUUGGGGCUAGCUAUAUUGGCGCCGGAAAGCUAUGGUCCUGGCUUCAAAAUAUCGUCGGUGUGUCAAACCAGCUCUCCUGGAUUUGCAUCGGUAUCGCUUCUUUGAGGUUCCGAUCGGCGGUUCGUGCCCAGGGAAUUGAGCAUCUCCUUCCCUUCAAAAAUUGGACGUACCCCUUCGGACCCAUCUUCGCCAUUGUGUUGAACUCAUUCCUCGUCCUUGUUCAAGGAUGGAAGUGUUUCAGCCCACAUUUCAAGGAUGUCGACUUUGUCUCUUAUUACAUCGAGAUACCAAUCAUGAUUGUCAUGUUCUUGGCAUGGAAGUUGGUCAAAAGGACCAAGUUUGUUAGGAAGUCAAAUAUGGACUUGAGGACUGACCGGUAUGAUCCUUCGCAAGAAGACCAACCGGAGGAUGAAGUUUCCAAGUCGGCUGGCCUUUGGGGUAAAAUCCAGCGAUUUGGUCAGUGGGUGUUCUUAUAA